UAUUGAUCGAUCAUGAUGCUUUACAGCACCAGAGCUAUAAGCAUUCUCAAAGCUUAAGAUACAAGGAUGAGAAAUGGCAUGGUGGUUCUUCCUAUGUUGAUGGGCUGUGGAUCUCCUUCCAGUCUUGACGUUUUGAAUCCUACUUCAACUAAACCUAAACCUCAAUCCGCUUCUCACUUGUCAAAAAAACAGGAAGGAAAAUCUGAAGAGAGCUUAUUGGCGAAGACUGACAUGAACAACUCUUUUUCCAAACCCAGUAUUGCUGGUGGUAUACACAAACUAAUUUUCAAAAGCUUUUCUCAUGUUUUUGUUUACAAAGGAGAAGGAGAAGGCUCCGACGAAGACGAAGAAGAAGAAAUGGAAAUAGGAGCACCAACAGAUGUAAAACAUGUGACUCACAUUGGAAUAGGAGAAUGUGAUACCAUCUCUUCUGUUAAUGUAUCUGUUGCCUAAUAAGCGUCACAACUUGGUAAUUUUGUUUUCCUAUUGUCGCUUAAUUUUUAUUAUUAGCAGAGUAAAUAAUUUAUUCAUCGACUCGAUGCUGCAAGGCUUCAUUGGUUUGGAUUUUAUGAUAAUCAUCGAUCCAUUUCGGAUAAUUAGGAGAAAUGUUAUUUUCAGAAUCGGGUUUGAAUAAUUUUAUAUCGAAUUGGCCAUGAA